AUGUUCGUAACUAAACAUGCAGGAUACAUCAACGAUAUCGUAAAGCCUGGAGAGCACUUUAUGAGACAAUACCGAUACGGCUGGACAUUUCUCAGGAUCUGUCAGGCUAUCCUACCUACCAUGACGUUGCCUCGAACAAAAGCGGAGCAUAUGGCGAAGUUUGGUAGUGGGCCUGUGAGUGAAAAGGAUCUUCUACCACUUGUAACACGAUAUCCGACGAUCCUCAAAGGCUGCAUCAUCAAUUGGGCGGACGGAACACAAGCCCUUUGCUGGAUGCCAGCUUCUUGGGAUUUGUUAUACUGGGGCGUCCCUGGCCAUUCGCCUCUUGGUCCUCAGGUAACUCAAUGGCUAGCAGAUUUCUUUGCCGUUUUCCCCAGCCAUGCGUCUCGAAAUCCGGACAGUCGAGACGCUAAGGUGCCAUAUAACAUAAGCAUGGCGAAGUACUUUGCUGAGAUAAAAAGGAUAUGGGGUGUUAUUCAUGCUGGGAUAUGGAGCAUUCAAGGGCAAGAAAAGAGCGAGACUCGAAGGAAUUCCGGGCCAUUUUGCCAUAUACCCACAGAGGACAGCAAGGGAGGGAGAAACAAGGAUAGCCCCGUGAAAGCUGCAGCUGUAGUGAAGAUCAUGCGUCAAAUGAUCCCACUUUUCAACGUAUUGGCUGCCUCUUUCGACGCAGGCUCGCCAGAGCUAUACCGAGAAGCAGUUGAUCACAGGGAGGUCAUGGCCAAAGCAGGGCAAAACGUGAAACAUUGGAUAGAGGACAAUGGGGAGAAGACUUUGUAUCAUCUGCUCACGGCCUUUGUACAAAAUCAUUCAGUCGUUCUUCACCGCGAUCCAAAAGACAAGGGUAUGACUAUCGAGGCUGUGUGUGGUCAUUUUGUUGAAGGAGACAUUUGCGUGCCCAGUAUCGGUCAACGGUUACGACUUCGAGCUGGAGACAUCUUGCAAAUGGAUUCUAGUGCUCUAGCCCAUUGUCUAAGACAUUUCUUCGGAGAGCGGGUUGCUGUGGUGAUUAUUUCUCAAAGUACCAAGGACGGCCUUACGCGUCAUAUGAGCCAACUACCUCCAGGAGAGGAGCUCGACAGGUUGCAGGCUGUUCGAGAUCAAAAGGACGCACAAAAGCUUUCGAAUAACCAGGAGUUGCAAAGCGAAGAACUUGAAUCGAUCCGUCAAUUCACUAAGUAUGCGAUUCAGAUCUUGCUGGAUACUACCCAAAAGCUUUGGAAUGAAGAUGAAACCCAAGAUCCGUGGGUUUCCAAGAAAGAGAGGAAGUCUCGGAAACGAAAAUUGGGGCAAAUAGUCUCGAGCAGUGCUUUGGACGCAUCUUAUAAGCGAUCGAGGGGCAAGACGGGCUACUUCCCCGAGAGGCAGACAAGCGAGGGUGAUAAUUUGCUCAAGCAAGAAACCUCUGACCGUAGAACAUCUUCAAGGAGUCUACAAUCCCAGCUAAGUCAAGGAAGUCCUGGCACGUACUCAGAAGAACUUCCUCAGCCUGAGAAUAUUCGAAUGACCUCCAGAUCUGGACAACAGCGUCAGCGCCGGCAGGCUCAAGAAAGAACAGCCGAAGCCGCCGAAGUCUCCCACGCAACCUUGGUUCCCGAAGCCGAAGCUAGACGAGCCGACCUAGCACAAAGGCAAGAGGAACAAAUACGAAUUGCAAGACAGUUUCGUGGACACAGGGGACAGUACAACAACGGCGUGGACGAUGAAGAUGAAUCAGAAUGA